GAUCAAAGGGUGCCUUUGUAAGGUCAAGAGCAAAAUGGAUUGAAGAGGGAGAAAGAAGCACUUCACAUCACUCUGUAAUGAAAUAAAUGGGAAGUAAACUUUUAGUCUGAAAAUAAAAUGCAUCGUAUUUUCCUAAACUGCGUUACCCAUUCUAAUCAGCAGAUGGCGAAUGACGUAUUUCACGCAAUGCUGCCAUUGUGACGUAUGAUCUAAUGGACGGGAAGUUUCUUCAACAACCACAGCAGCGACCUCGGUAGCCUUGCUAGCCGACGUAGCAGGAAGAUGUGAGCUCUUUAUACGCUUUCGGUGAUUAAUUGCCACUGUUUUAAACACACGUCUGUCGUAUCUACUAGUUACCCCUUUUAAUAGCACAUUUACGUUGGUGUUAGUCAGCUAGCUGUCUGGUUAAGGUAGCAGUAGCUAUAGGUUAGUCGCUAAUGCUAACUAGCUAACAUCCCCGACAAUGACUUCAAAAAGCUUUCGGUGAUUAUUAGCCACUGGGUUUUAAUAAACACAUUUCUUUCGUAUCUACUAGUUACCCCUUUUAAUAUCGAAUAUACGUCAGCUAGCUGUCUGGUUAAGGUAGCAGUAGCACUGGCUAAUCGCUAAUGCUAACAUCCCCGAUGAUGAGUUCAAAAAGCUACUACCCCCCUGCUAAAGAGGACUGCUGGACGGAGAAGAACGCUCUCGUGAAAGAGGAGAGGGAGGAGGAGGCUGUCACAGUUAAACAAGAAGUAAAUGAUGAGGCUGUUACAGUGAAAGAGGAGGGGGAAGAUAAACAAGAGGGUGCCGUUUUUACAGUGAAAGAAGAGACGACUGUCACGGUGAAAGAGGAGGAAGACGUUUUUGGAGUAAAGGAGGAGGGGGAGAUCACUGUCACAUUGGAGGAGGAAGAAGAGCAAAAUGGAGAUCUGAUUAACACCAGAGAGAGACCAGACUCAGAGGAACCAGAGACGUCUGAACCAGCAAGACGACACCACUGCUCCCAGUGUGGAAAAAGUUUUACCCAAUUACGGACACUGAAGGUGCAUGGAAGAAUACACACUGGAGAGAGGCCCUACCAAUGUUCCCAAUGUGGAAAGAGUUUUGCCCUGUUAGAGAGCCUGAAAAUACAUAAUAGAAUACACACAGGAGAGAAGCCUUACCAAUGCUCCCAGUGUGUAAAGAGAUUUUCACAGUUAAGUUGCCUGAAAUCACAUGAGAUAAUACACACAGGAGAUAAGCCUCACAAAUGCCCUCAAUGUGGUAAUACUUUUAAGCGGUUAAGUAACUUGAAGGACCAUAAGAGAGUACACACAGGGGAAAAGCCUUACCACUGUAUCCAUUGUGAAGAGAGUUUUAGCUGGUCAAGGCAACUGAAAGCGCAUGAGAGAACACACACCGGAGAGAAGCCCUACCAAUGUUCCCAGUGUGGAAAGAGUUUUACCCAGCUAGGGAGCCUGAAAAUACAUAAUAGAAUACACACAGGAGAAAAGCCUUACCAAUGCUCCCAGUGUGGAAAGAGAUGUAAACGGUUAAGUUGCCUGAAAUCACAUGAGAUAAUACACACAGGAGAUAAGCCUCAUAAAUGCCCUCUAUGUGGUAAUACUUUUAAGCGGCUAAGUAACCUGAAGGAACAUGAAAGAGUACACACAGGGGAAAAGCCUUACCACUGUUUCCAAUGUGAAAAGAAUUUCAGCACAUUAAGGCAACUGAAAGAGCAUGAGAGAACACACACCGGAGAGAAGCCCUACCAAUGUUCCCAGUGUGGAAGGCGUUUUAACCGCUUAAGUAACCUGAAAUCACAUGAGUGGACACACAGGAGAAACGCCACAUCACUGAUCUGUGUGGAAAUAGUACCUCAUCAGGCUUCCUGAAAAUUCAUGAGCAAAGACACACGAGAAAAGCCUUUCCACUGCUCCCAGUGUGAAAUGACAUUUACCUGGUUAAGGCAACUGAAAUCACAUGAAAGAAUCCACACGAGAGAGAAAUGUUAUGAAUGCUCUCAGUGUAGAAAGAUAUUUACCCAGUUUAGGCAUCUGAAAGACCGAGGUUACCCUCUCAGCGGAGAAGCCUUACCUAUGCUCCCAGUGUGGAGAGCGAUAUUUCACAUACUUACAAUUCAUGACGUAACACACACAUUGCUCCCACACUUGUCUCAUCUUUUACUGAAAAUUGGUGCUUUGUGGUUUUGUUUACGCUCUUAUUUCCAUAUGAAAUCAAAUUGGAGAAAACCUACUCAAAUACACAUUUGUAUGUUUUAUGUUUUAAAAUCCCAAGAUAUGAAUUGAAUAUGGAGUGUGUCUGUUUUUAUGAAGAUUAUGUACACACACUGUGAUUAAAUAGUCUUUUUUUUUUUUACUCUGACUCUGUUUUUUUGUGGGGGGUUUUAAUCGAGUGUUAUAUGUUGUUAAUCGAGUGAUAUGUUGUUAAGCGUGAUCUGUUUACAUAUGUGAUGGAUAGUUUACAAUUGGCUCAUUCAUUCCCCUCCUCUCCCCUGUAACUAUUCCCCAGGUCGAUGCUGCAAAUGAGAACGUGUUCUCAGUCAACUUACCUGGUAAAAUAACGGUAAAAUAAAAAAUUAAAUAAUAAAAAUAUUUAUCUUAGAGAAUGUGGCAUUAAAGCCCCCA